UGACCUGACACCUUGAUGACAAGUCUCAGGGCCCUUGGGUGACUGGCUGGUGCACCAUGGAACUUAAAGUAUGGGUGGAUGGAGUUCAGAGGAUUGUUUGUGGGGUCACCGAAGUUACAACUUGCCAGGAAGUUGUAAUAGCCUUAGCUCAAGCAAUAGGUCGAACCGGAAGGUACACUCUUAUAGAAAAAUGGAGAGAUACUGAAAGACACUUAGCACCUCAUGAAAAUCCUAUCAUAUCCUUAAACAAAUGGGGGCAGUAUGCUAGUGAUGUACAGCUAAUUUUACGUCGAACGGGGCCAUCUCUUAGUGAGCGACCCACUUCAGACAGUGUGGCUCGAAUUCCGGAGAGAACUUUAUAUAGGCAGAGUUUGCCCCCCCUGGCUAAACUGAGGCCUCAGAUUGACAAAUCAAUCAAAAGGAGAGAACCUAAAAGGAAAUCAUUAACAUUUACAGGAGGUGCCAAAGGAUUAAUGGACAUUUUUGGAAAGGGUAAAGAAACUGAAUUUAAGCAAAAGGUGCUGAAUAACUGCAAAACAACAGCAGAUGAAUUAAAGAAGCUGAUCCGGUUGCAGACAGAGAAGCUUCAAUCCAUUGAGAAAGAGCUAGAAUCAAAUGAAAUAGAAAUACAAUUUUGGGAGCAAAAAUAUAAUUCUAACCUUGAAGAGGAAAUUGUCCGCCUGGAGCAAAAGAUCAAAAGAAAUGAUGUCGAAAUUGAAGAGGAAGAAUUUUGGGAAAAUGAAUUGCAGAUUGAACAGGAAAAUGAAAAACAGCUGAAGGAUCAACUUCAAGAAAUAAGACAGAAAAUAACAGAAUGCGAGAGCAAAUUAAAGGACUAUUUGGCUCAGAUCCAGACUAUGGAAAGCGGUCUUGAAGCAGAAAAAUUACAACGGGAAGUUCAGGAGGCACAAGUCAAUGAAGAAGAGGUUAAAGGAAAGAUUGGUAAGGUCAAAGGAGAAAUUGACAUUCAAGGCCAACAGAGUGUGAGGCUGGAAAAUGGCAUUAAAGCUGUAGAAAGAUCUCUUGGACAAGCCACCAAACGAUUACAGGACAAAGAACAAGAACUGGAGCAGUUGACUAAAGAGCUGCGGCAAGUCAAUCUCCAGCAGUUUAUCCAACAGACAGGGACAAAAGUUACCGUUUUGCCAGCGGAGCCCAUUGAAGUAGAGGCCUCACAUGCAGACAUAGAAAGGGAGGCACCAUUCCAGUCUGGGUCCCUGAAGCGGCCUGGUUCAUCUCGGCAGCUCCCCAGUAAUCUUCGUAUUCUACAGAAUCCUAUCUCAUCUGGUUUUAAUCCUGAAGGCAUCUAUGUAUAACAUUAUCUGUCUUUAGGGGAGAGACCCAAUAAAGGUACCAAGGACAGUAAAAAUUCCUUCUUUGAUUUGUGCCAAUGAUGAACAGAGGAUCUAUUUCACAAGCCACCGUCUCUUUUUUCUGUCCUAAAUUGCAUACCACUUGGAGCCAUACCCUGUGCACUGAUGCUAAAGAACAAAGAAACUGUGUUUUCACACAUCGACAGUGUUGACAUAUUUGUCCAGCAGCUGUAAUGCAAAGCCUUCAUUUUUAUUUGUAGCAUUUUGAGAGCGUUAGGAAAGUAUUAUACUGUGUGUAUACGUAAAUAAAACCAUGACUUAAGAGCGAAGAGAAAUAUGUGACUGGCUUAGUUUAAUUUAUUCCAUAUAAUCGAUUAAUGGGUGAAUGUUGAUGU